AGGCUGCUUGGGUUUGAAUUUGGUGGCUCGCUGAAACGAGCGAGCGGGUGGCGACGCCCGAAGAAGCGGCACGGGCUGCUGAUCAGCAAGCAGGAUCCCUGAUGCCCGCAAAAGAAACUGAAUUUACUUUAUAUGACAAAUCUUCCCCAGACACCAUAACUGCCCUUCGUAAUGUCUGCUACUGUUCAAGAAAAUGUCUGCAAUCACGUGAAGGUAGUGGUCCGUGUUCGUCCAGAAAGUCAGAAAGAGAGAGAUGGCAACUUCAGGAAAGUGCUCCAAGUUGUCGAUAAGCAUAUGUUGGUCUUUGAUCCCAAAGUGGAGGAAGUCAGUUUCUUUCAAGGGAAAAAAGUUCCAUUCCGUGAUCUUAACAAGAGGGAAAACAAGGACCUCAAAUUUGUGUUCGAUGCUGUAUUUGACGAACAUUCUUCUCAGCUGGAGGUCUUUGAAGACACUACCCUGACCAUGCUGGAUGGCUUUUUAAAUGGAUAUAAUUGCACAGUGCUUGCUUAUGGCGCAACUGGAGCUGGGAAGACUCAUACGAUGCUGGGCUCCCAGGAAGACCCUGGAGUGAUGUACCGGACCAUGAUGGAGCUCUACAAUGCCAUAGAGCGAAUGAAAGAGGAGAAGCAUUGCGCCAUUGCCGUUUCUUACCUUGAGGUCUACAAUGAGAAGAUACAUGAUUUGCUUGUAAGUUCAGGACCACUGGCUGUUCGAGAAGAUCCUCAAAAAGGAGUGCUGGUUCAUGGGUUAACAAUGCAUCAGCCGAAAUCUGCCAUGGAGAUCUUGCAAAUAUUGGACUAUGGAAACAAAAACAGAACACAGCAUCCCACUGAUGUGAAUGCCUCCUCAUCUCGGUCCCAUGCUGUCUUUCAGAUCUAUUUGAGACAACAAGACAGGACAGCAUGUAUCAAUCAAAAUGUCCGUAUUGCCAAAAUGUGCCUCAUUGACUUGGCAGGCUCAGAACGUGCCAGCGCCACAAAGACCAAGGGAGCUCGUUUUAGAGAAGGGGCAAAUAUUAAUCGCUCACUGUUAGCCCUUGGCAAUAUCAUUAAUGCUCUGGCAGACCCAAAAAAGAAGAACCAGCACAUUCCUUAUCGGAACAGCAACCUUACUCGUUUACUGAAGGAUUCUCUAGGAGGAAAUUGUCGUACAAUAAUUAUAGCUGCUGUUAGCCCUUCUUCUCUGUUCUAUGAUGACACAUAUAACACUCUUAAAUAUGCCAAUCGAGCCAAGGACAUCAAAUCCUCUCUGAAGAGCAAUGUUGUAAGCUUGGACAGCCAUAUAAGUCAAUACGUUAAGAUUUGUGAAGAACAAAAGAAAGAGAUCAUAAUGCUGAAAGAGAAACUACGAGUCCUUGAGUUGGAAAAAACAUCUUCUCCUGACAGACAUGCCACAGAUCAACAACAGGUGGAAAUUUCAAGGCUUAGAGAAAUUUUGAAGUGCGUGUUCACAAAUCGAGAGGAAAUCAGGCAAGAGUUUCUGAAGCUGGAACUGCACCAUAAAGAAAACAUCCUUAAAACCCAUUAUCAAAAAAAAUGCCAUGAACAAAUUGAAAUGAUGUGCGCUCCGGAGAGAAUGGAGAGGGCGACUGACAAGCACGACCACCGGCUUGCGUUACUUAAAACCCGGCGCUUGCAAAUAGAGCAGAGGCAAGCGGAAGAGACUAAACGCUUUGAGGACAACACUAAUUGGUUGCACCGGGUCGAAAACGAAAUGCGCCUCCUGGGCCAAGAUGGCCAUAUUCCUCAGGAGCUGAGCCGAGAUCUGCAGUACUGCCAUCUGAAGUUGGAAGUGAAGGAUUUGAGAACUCAGGCUGAAUUCAUGAGGACUCUUGCAUCCCUCCAAGAACAGCAAUAUAAACAGACAGAAAAAAUACUAAGUGCUUUGCUUCCUGUUCUAAGAAAGCAGUAUGUGGCUUUGAAAACAGCAGGGUUAGCAAACAGUGCUGUUGAGGAUGACUUCAAGGUGUUUGAGCAGCUGAUUCACAGAGAGAAAGCUGUAGUCUGGGCUGACCAGAUGACUGAAAAAGAACCAAAACAAAAUGAUUCACCAGUGAUGUCUGCUAUUAUGGACUUUCCACAACUUGUGAGUUACCAGAAUACUCCUUGCCGUAUGCCAUCAGAGAAAGUUAAGACCCAUGUGGAACUUGAGGCAGAAUAUGGAGUACCUCCCAACAAAAGAAUAAGGCGGAAAUUGAUGGAGUCUCCCAUGGCAGUGCAAAGUCCUCCGCAAUCCAGUCAGCCGAACCCUAAUCACCUGGUGGAUUCCAUCAGCAAAGCAUUCCAGCCCAUUCUGUAUACACCCAAGGGCUGCCAGAAGCCUGUGGAGAACCUGCGUACUGAGACUGUGGUAAAGCAAGUGUUAAAUACAGCAGCAGGCCUUCAAGAAAUAAACAAUCGCACUGCACAGGCUCAGGAUCCAUUAAAGCAGGAUAGCCAUGGGGAUAACAUAUGCAUCGUGACUCCAGAGCGCCUCAUGAACUCGACAGUUACUCUAUACGAAAGUAACAUGGGCAAUACAGACCACGCUCCCAAUGAAUCCGAAAGCAAAUUGCAGGUGACCGAGAGCAGCAACAAUAGUUUACAAAGACUCGCUGUCGCUCCAUCGUUAAAUAAGCAGCCAGACCCCAUACAUAAUAAGCCAUCUUAUAUGGCAAUGACGUCUGCUGCUGAGAGGAAAAGAAAGUUAUUAAGUUCACUAUCGAACAGCGAGCUUACAAAUCAGCACGGUCAUACAACUGCAAAGCGUAUUAAACAAGACAGUGUGUUAAGUUAUAAAGCUCUAAGAGUCCCUAAACCGACAGAAACUAGAACAAGAAGCUGGAAGCAACAUGAAGAGCUAAGAAAACGUAUCAGAAACAACGGCAAGGAAAAUGCAACCUUAGACACGAAACUCAAGACAUCCAAAAAAGCAUUUUGAAUUACCUACAUUGAAAUAAAUCCUUGCUUUAUACAGAUUUUAAUUUAUUAGCAAGACAGGAAAGGUGAACUUUCCAUCUGCUCUCUGCACUGUUUCUCACUUACCUGUGGUAGUAGCUAUACAUUAUACUUUACAGACAUGUAUUUUUCAAACGCUCACAUCUGUACUUUGGUGUACCCUUCACUCUCUCUUAACAUGUAAUUGGAAGCUGUAUUGUACUUCACAAAUAACUGCUUUUGACAUCUCUGCCCUUCGCCAUAUUUCAGUGAAAUAAUCUCUUGCAAUGAGAAUACAGUCAGAAAGAUGGGUGGGGCUCCUCUAUGGUGUGUUCAGGCUCCUCUAUAGUGUGUUUAGUUGGUACAUGAAGCAUCAUAAAGUUUAAGAAGGAAAUGUGACAAGAUUCCUCUCCUGCUAAUGCAUCGCUUCAUAAAUGACAGGUGGCAUUGAGCUCUCAUCCCUGCGUGCCUCCCCAAUGCAGGGUGCAAACACCUUACAUACUGUGGACCUUUGAAGAAACAGCUCUACUGUGUUCCAGCGAGGAAGGUGCAAAAUGGAUCUUAAGCCUUAAUGUAUUUUGCCUCGCAUUGCUGGCUAAAUUACAGUACAUGCAUCUAUUAAUGAUAUUCCUUGUCCACAUUUCCUUUUUCAAUAUAAAUAAAUGAAGCUGGUGUUUGAAACUAAACCUGAGCAACUUGAAUGUAAAAAUGUGCUUUGUAUUUUUAAUCUGUAUCUGUGUCUUAGAUAACUCUGUUGCCCUGAAUUAAAUGGUGUUUUUGUAAAAUUUGUAAAACCAAAGUGUCACAUACCUGUUCCUUCUUUGAAACUCUUGGGCUCUUACAAUUAGUUUGCUUUACUCAUAGGUUGAUAUGACAUAUGUGACGUACUGCUCUUG